ACGAGAUCUCGUCUCGGUUCCAUCCAGCUCUGACAAUAAUGGCAUCGACUCAACAACUCUGCUCACUUGCGGACUGUACGCCUGGAAACAAGGCUUCCUGGACGUCCGCGUCGUGGUGGCUGUGACACCGAGCGCCUCCAUCGAAUUGCUUCCCUGAUCCGGCUACCCAUCCCAAAAUGCACUGCCAGAGAAUUUUUGCAGUCUCUGAAAAACCCACCUAACUGCUGCUAAAUCACAACGUCACAACAGGAAGCAGCUUCUGUUCCAUCUGCCUGAAAUCAUGUCGGGACCAGGUGACUUACCAGCCAUUGAAGGUCCUGGAAUUGGCGGGAUGAAGCUUCCCAUCGGGAUGACCCGCCGGGCUCUCAGCUAUGACGACAAUCUGGAGGCUCCCAUGUCCACCCCCCCUCACAACUUCAGCAUCACCACCUUGUGGCGCCACCCGGUGGUGCCAGACAGGAAGUUCUCACAGCUGACUGAGGAGGACGAAAGUGGUGGAGUGAGUCAGCCGUCUGUGCUGAGCACCACCCCCUGCAGGUCACCAGGCAUUGUGAAAGCCAAGGCCUCGUCCGUCAUCAUGAACUCCCUCAUCACCAAACAGACUCAUGACAGCAUGUACAAGUUUGAGCAGAAGGCCGGACUGACUGACACCAGCUACACACCCCACAAAGGUCUCAGAGCGGAGGAGACUCGCCACCUCCACCGUGUGCCUGAGUCCCUUCAGAAGAUGCAGAUCCAGAGCAUGGAGUCCAGGGAGGAACGUCAACAUUCGUCCGCCCAGUCGACGCCCUCCAGCACUCCGCACGCCUCCCCCAAACUGCAGCGCAGAAGCUGGUUCAGCAGCACCAGCUCAGACUUCAGCCUCAGCUCCUCCAACAGCAGCAUGGACAUGGGAGGGGAAGCCGGGGGUGGAGCUGUGGAGCGCUGGAGUGUCUUCGGGCCGCGCCCAGUCGUCCACAAGUCCACCUCUGACCUCGGGUCUGACCCCGGAAGUGAAGCAGGCUUCGCCCUGCAGGCGUACCGCAGCGCCCAGAAGCCGACACCCAUGGAGGUGAUGAAGUCGCAGGGCACCCGGCUGGCCGACGGCGUGUCUCCUGAGAAGGCCAAUCCGCCCAAGAUGGAGAUCCCCGCCGUGGAGGGCCGGAGGCCGGGGGCCCGGCCUCACAAGCUCAAGCACCGAGACAUGAACAUCCUCACGCCCUCGGGCUUCUAGACGGCUGCAGCUCAAGGUCCAAACGGCGGCUGAACGCUCAAGCCCUCAUCCCACAAUUGGUUUGGCAGGGAAGCAGCGGCCCCCACUGACAAGUCCACUUUCUAUUUAGCAAUUUGGGGGCGUUUGAAAGGUCAAACAAAUGUUUACACUGACAGCAACAACAACGAUUCCUGCCCCCCAGUCCUUAUUGACGCAACGCUUGUUUAUCUCAGUCACUAAUGGGAUCAACACGGGACUUUUUUUUUUUUCUUAAAAUGAAUCCGACACUUAAAGACGUUCCGUCUCCCUCUUGAGGCAAAAAGGUUUACUGCACUUUAGAGAAACUACGACUGAAUAUUUGAAGAAAAUAACAAAACACAAUGAAGAAGAAGAAGAAAUACAAAUAGUAAAAGUUGAUUUUUACUCAGGAAAUAUUUGGCAAUUUGUGGUUCAGUCCAGCAAACUGACUCAAAUGUCGUCGUAGACAGUUAAAGUGGAGCUGAAAUGUCGGCAGCUUCAGCUCCACUUUAAGGGGAAAAAAAAUGAAAUUCACUGUAUGUGUCGUUAGUUAGUAUUAAUAUUUUUAUGGUGUCUGUUUUAAUUGUUUACUUUUUCGAAUGAAGUCUGUUAAAUAGAAACUAUGGACCACACGUAGCGUUAGCUCAGUGUCACCGCAUUAAAAUCUGUGAAAGUACAGUUGCAUUGCUCUUCACCAGCUCAGCCCAAGGAGGCCAGAGUUGAUGCUCAGCCGCGGAAAUGACUCAUCUAGAUCGUACUGCACUUUUCUACAUCAUGCUUCCAUCGUUCUAGUGCUCAGUUAUGAAGGUUAAAUUCAGUGCAAGGCAGCAUUUCCAUAGCAGAGGCUGAGGCUUCACUGGUCUCAUGAUGUGACACAGCAGAAGCUCAG